UUUGACAUUCGUUGAUCAGCUGUAAACAAAACAAAGUCAGAAGUACUUCUGGUCAGAAAAUAUUCAUGAUUCGAGUGACCGUUCCAAGCUUUAGGAAAGGCGGGGACAACAAUGAUUCUUAUACUGUCUUUAAUGUUGAAGUAUGUGCUUCCGGGCGAUUGACCAAUGUAGAAAAACGAUACUCUGAAUUUGAAGAUCUCCAUAAACAGCUGAAAAAGAUUAUCAGAACACCAGAAUUUCCACCAAAAAAAGUGAUGAAAUGGAAUCCGAAGGUCCUAGAACAGAGACGCAUUGGUCUUCAGGUUUAUCUAAAGGGAGUUGUGGAAAAUGAAUACAUCUCAAAAAGUAUACAGCGGUUCCUGUGUAUUACGCUACCCGUUAUCAACAAUAUGGAGCCACUGACCCAAGUUGACCAUGAUGUAUCUCUGGCUCACCAGCCUAUGAUUGGGUUCCAGCCGGACGCUUUCCUACUGGACAACAAUAAAAGUAGUCUACAUGACAUCAUCACUGAGGGAGUACACAGAGGGUUGUACUGUGCCCAACCUGAGGAGCCAAGGUAACAAACACACACCGUUAGUCUGGACCUGUCACCUGAUCCAUUUGUGUCAACGAUGAUGUUAUAACUUGUUUUUUUAGUGGUAUGACGUUUACAGCAUACCAUAGUUGCUUUUAGUUCUUCAAAAAUAAGUUUGUUAAAAUGUUUAUCAAUCAGAUGUGUUCUUCAAGGAUAUAUGCUACCACAAACAUCUUACUCCAUCUUCUAAUGGCCCCUUAAAAAAUACAAUUAAAGAAAAACACAUGUACCUCAGAUUUAUUUAAUAGAGUCAUGUCCCUUAUUAAAGUUUAAAAUGUUUUAUUCAGCAUUGCAUGAGUGCAUGUAUUCUUUUUGUAUCUUUCAAAUGCAGCUAUAUCUUCAAAUACGUCGUGACUAUUUACAAAAGAUUGUAUUUCGAACUCUUUUAGAAUGGAGGUACAUGUUAAAGUAAGGUAGCAUACAUCCUUUACUAUUAGAAAUGUUGUUGUUCAAUUUAUACAUGUUGUAACUACUGAUCAUUGGUCAGAUUUUGUUUUCUGUAUAGUGAUAUUGUAGACAUGAUUACUGUACGUUAAUUGUAUAUGUCUACCUUUUUUUUGUCAGAAAAGUUUUACCGAGUAGAAUAUCACGACAGUGUUCAAACUAUGAUAUUUCAGCAAGAUGGAAUUUAAAGAUGUCCUUGAAUGGCACAAUCAUCUGUAAACACUGUCUUUAUUUAGACCUUCCAUUUACUACUGUAAGGACACAAAAUAGUGGGGAGGGUUCUGAAAGUGACAUUUUUUUAAUUUUAUUUUUAUGAAUACAUUUAACAUUCAACUUAUUAUUAGGUUUUUUAAUUAAUAGUAAUCAAAGACUACACAUACUGUUUAGGAAAGAUCUCGUUGCUAUAUCACAUGCUUGUACAUCUUUUCUAUUGAUGAAGAAAUAGCAUCCUGGUUCAACCUUUCUACAUUUCACAUUGUUUCUAGUCAGACCUCCACAUUGAUUUCAUAAUAAUUUCCACUAUGUCUGUGAUUGUUUGUGAUCAACAAUAAAAAAUAUAUUUUGUAUUUAUAGUACAGGUGCUCACCAAUCUGGUCAAAACCAGAUCUUUGCUUCCACUCACGAUAGUAAAAGGAACGUCGAGUAUCGGGAGUGAAAUCAACGGUCUGGUUUUAAUCAGAUUGGGUGCUCACAACACUGUUCAAAGUCUCCAGCUUGGUAUUAAUUUAUCGCCAUUUUUACUGAUUUUUGAAAAUUGAUACCGUAUGUAAUGUACAUAUAUGUAUUCAUCUGAAAGAUGUUUUGUUUUUUUCCGAAUGUCAAAGACAAUUUUUUUGAUGACAAUCUAGUCUGAUAUGUGAUUAUAUACAUACUAUUUAAUCAUCUGCAUACAUGUAUUUUCUAUUGAAUCAUCAACAAACAUAUAUCUUUAACUUGAUUAUAUAAAUAUAAUGUACAUGUUCUAUUACAGUCCAAUCUGCUGGAGUUACCAGCCCUUUUAGCAGUUGUACCACACAAGUACCUACUCUGGGUAGAAAUAUAUUCUCUCAUCGUCUGUUCAUACAGAAAGGCUCAAUAUACCCCAUUUUAAAUACAAUUUUAUGUACUAGCAUUUAAGUGAGUUUCUGAAGAUGAAAAGUUCAGUUUCUAAAUAACAACAUUUAGUAAACUUACUUUGUACAUUGUACACUGCACGGAACACUGCACUGCCUAUGACUCCUAUUUCACAGCUGCAGUUACAUUAUGAUGUAUAUACACUAAAACUAGGUGCAAUCACUGUUUACUGGAGUGUAGUUGCAAUAUUGUUAAUUUUAGAAUAUCAAUCACUGGUUACUGCAGUUUAGUUGCAAUAUUGUUAAUUUUAGAAUGUCAAUCACUGCUUGUGUUUAUUCCAUGUACAACAUGUAUAUAUACAGAAGUUUUUAAUGGUCACCCACCCAGACCUGAGUUUCUGGGGCAUUUGUUGACAGGGCCUGUCACAUGAUGAUCCUAUUAUUUAUUUUUGUAUUGGAUCUCCCAGCUGUUCAUGAUAUUCAGGUACUUUAGAGUUCUGUUCCAUGUGCACAUCUCCAUUUUUACAGAGCCAAGAUCGACAAAACCACAGAAUGUCAAAUGUCUUUUCCAAAUGUGCUAUUGAAAAUUUGGAUCCUUUGGAGUGUUAAUAAGGUACAUGGUUAUGCAUGAGUUAUGGAGUCAGAAAAUUGGUACUAGGCCUUGCUCUGAACUUGGUACAAAUAUAUAUGUAUUCAUUACAUAAGUGUAUGGUCCCUUAUUACAAUUAAACCAUGUUACUUAGAAGAAAGUCUUUGUAUUGGCAUAGUGUGUAUUCCAUCACGACUCUAUUGGUGUUACCUUCAAAUGCUGAUUUUGAUAUGAAACACAGUAAUUGUAUUCACCUUAUACUAAUAAUUUUAAUGAUUGUUUUCAUUGAGUUGUCAAUUGCUCAGUGCCAAAAAUUGUAUUUGUUUCCAUAAAUAUAUUGUCAGACGCGUGUUUGCAUCUCAUAACUAAUGAGGAAAAUAUACUGCAGAUUGCUUUUAAUUUGCACCCACUUAGUUUUGGUGACCUUUUAUCUAUGUGUACUUGUCUCAGAGGAAUUAAUUACUGUUUCACUGAACGUGUAUGUCUCAAACAGUCUAUGAAUAAUUGUUUGCGUGAAUCUUGAAAUAGAUCCACUAUCGAUGCUUAUAAUUCACACGAAUUACGGUAAUAAUUACCGAUAAAGUAAUGAAACUAACAAGAAUUGUUUGAUCUAAAAUUAUCAUUAUGAGAUAGCAUUUGACCGGCAUGAUUCAGUGGAGGAUCCAGGAAACUGCAACCCCCCCACCGUGACGCACACCUCCCACAAUCAAAAGGGUAUCAUUUUCCUUUAAAAAAACUUUUAUUUUUCUUUUACAUUUUUCUCAUUACUACAUUUCCUCCUGAAAUUUGGAGAAAAGCCUGGUCUCCAAGAUUCACCAUUUUAGUCGUGCAAGUAGAUGUUAGUAUACAUGGUAUUUCGUGUAAUGUCGAAUAAGGUCAUGUGAUAAAUUAUGUAGCCCAUACUUUUUUAUCCUUGCAUUGUAUGAUUGCAACCUUUAUUUCAUUGCCACGUUUGAGUUAUUGUGGAAUUGAACCGAUACAUACUGUAUCACAAAGUAGGCACCUGUCCUCAUUUAGUAUAGGCUAAUUGUCCUGUUCUUGAAAAUGUGCUGGUAUCACAUGUACAUUAUUCCGUCUUUGCGUAUUGCAGAGUUAUCUUCUCUUGUGAGCAGGUAUUGAUUGUUACGUCAU